CCGUCCUUAAGGAGUCUGGCAGCAAAGGUUGGAGUGCCGAUUGCGUGAGUCUGUGGGCUCCCGAGGCCCUGUGCUCUUGGAGAGGGGCUCCGAGAGGACGUUCUCUUAUAGCUGAUCCUUGCCCUUUCCAUUACGCGACGCCUCCAUUUGCGCGAAAGCUCUGGGCUUUGGUCGCCACCGCCCACCUGAGGCUCUUCCGCUUCCCCUUUUACCAGGCUCCGCCCCCCGCGUCCCUGUGGCUAUGACGACCGCGCCGCGGGACUCAGUAGUGUGGAGGCUCGCGGGGCUGUUGCGGGACUCGGGGGACGCAGUUCUCUCUGGCUGUAGCACACUGAGCCUGGUCACAGGCACACUGCAGCAACUGAACAGAGUGUUUGAACUGUACCUGGGGCCAUGGGGCCCUGGCCAGACGGGCUUUGUGGCUCUUCCCUCCCAUCCUGCCGACUCACCCAUCAUCCUCCAGCUUCAGUUCCUCUUCGACGUGCUGCAGAAAACGCUUUCACUCAAGCUGGUACACAUCCCUGGUGUUGGCCUUCCAGGGCCCAUCAAGAUUUUCCCCUUCAAGUCCCUUCGGCAGCUGGAGCUUCGAGGAGUCCCCAUCCAGAGCCUGCGUGGCCUCCGUAGCGUCUACUCACAGCUAGAGUCUCUGGUUUGUAGCAGGAGCAUCCAGGCACUAGAGGAGCUCUUGUCGGCCUGCGGUGGCGACCUCUGCUCUGCCCUUCCCUGGCUCUCUUUGCUUUCUGCGGACUUCAGCUACAAUGCACUCACCAACUUAGACAGCUCCCUGCGUCUCCUGUCAGCUCUUCGCUUCCUCAACCUGAGCCACAAUCAUAUCGAGGACUGCAAAGGCUUCCUGAUGGAUUUAUCCGAGCUGUACCAUUUGGACAUCUCCUAUAACCACCUGCACUUGGUGCCCAGAGUCGGGCCUUCAGGGGCUGCCCUGGGGAUUUUGAUUCUGCGAGCCAAUGAGCUUCGGAGCCUUCAGGGCCUGGAGCAGCUGAGGAACCUGCGGCACCUCGAUGUGGCCUAUAACCUUCUAGAAGGACACACGGAGCUGUCACCACUGUGGCUGCUGGCUGAGCUCCGUAAGCUCUAUCUGGAAGGUAACCCCUUGUGGUUCCACCCGGCACACCGUGCGGCCACUGCUCAGUACCUGUCACCUCGGGCCAGAGAUGCUGCUCAUGGCUUCUUGCUGGAUGGCGAGGCUUUGUCACUGGAGGAUCUUCAGGCUUCAGAAUCUUCAGGGCUUGGUUCCGUGGCUCAACCUCCGUCCGUGCCAGUGGGGAGUACCACUGAGACCUCAGGUGGCCCUGAGCUGAGUGAUAGCCUCUCCUCGGGGGACGUUGUGGCCCAGGCCCCUCUUCGUAAGGUUAAGAGCCGAGUCCGUGUGAGGCGGGCUAGCAUCUCUGAACCCAGUGACACAGACCCGGACCUCCGAACGCUUGAUCCCUCCCCAGCUGAAUGGUUUGUGCAACAGCACCGGGAACUGGAGCUGCUGAACAGCUUCCGGGAGCGGUUUGGCUGUGACUGGCUGCAGUACAGGAGCCACCUGGAGACCGCAGGGAGCCCCCCUCUGGCCGCCACCAAGACUCCCGCCCUUAGCAGCCCUCUUGUGGAUGCCCAGGGCCUGGAGACUGCAUGCAGCCCUCCAGCCACAGGGGGAGCGGAAGACACUGAGGAAUCACCACAGAAGGUGUCAGAGGAGGGCAGGGUGGAGCCAGAGCCCCUCGAAGAAGAGAGGGAAGAAAGAGAUAAAGAAGAGGGGUCGAGAGAGGACCUGGAGGAGGAAGAGGAGCAGGAGCAGAAGGAAGUGGAAGCAGAGCUCUGUCGCCCCAUGCUGGUGUGUCCCCUGCAGGGGCUGGAGGGUGUGCAGGGCAAGGAGUGCUUUCUCCGAGUCACUUCUGCCCACCUAUCUGAGGUGGAGCUGCGAGCAGCUCGGACUCUGGAGCGGCUGGAGCUGCAGAGCCUGGUGGCAGCGGAGCUGGAGCCGGAGCCCGAGAUGCCAAGAGAACAGGCGCCUGAGGGCUCAGGUCCACCCCCUGGAGCUCCGGUUCUUGUUCUGCACUUUGCCUACAUUUGUCCUGAUCGGCAGUUGCGUCGCUAUGCAGUGCUGGAGCCAGAGGCCCACGAGGCCAUCCAGGAGCUGCUUGCUGUGCUGGCCCCAUUCACCAGUGUGAAGAAAGAGCAGCAGCCUGGGGGGGCCAGAUUCCAGUGUCUGCGUUGCAGCUGUGAGUUCAAGCCAGAGGAGCCCAGGUUGGGACUGGAGAGUGAGGAAGGCUGGAAGCCUCUGUUUCAAAAUCCAGAAUCUCCUGUUGUAUGUCCAAACUGUGGGAGUGACCAUGUGGUUCUCUUGGCCAUGUCUGGGGAAAUCCCCGAUAAAGAGCAGACCCAGGGAGACAAACGACCAGCUCCCUCUGGGUUCCCUGACCCUGUCUGUGACCUUGCUAACCACAGCGGCCAUCCCAGCGGGUCUGAUGGCACCCCACCUCAGACAUCCAUAGCCCAUGGCUGUAGCAGCUGGAGCCUCAGCCCAACUCCUGAACGCGCUGGUCUUCGCUCUGUGGACCACCGACUCAGGCUCUUCCUGGAUGUCGAGGUGUUCAGUGACUCUGAGGAGGAGUUCCAAUUCUGUAUCAAGGUGCCAGUGGUGUUAGCAGGCCACACAGGGGAGUUUCUGUGCCUUGUGGUUGUGUCUGACCACAGGCUUUACCUGUUGAAGGUGACAGGGGCCAUUUGCGGGCCUCCUGCUAGCUGGCUCCAGCCCACCCUGGCCAUUCCUCUGCAGGAGCUGAGUGGCAUGGAGCUUGGCCUCGCAGGCCAGAGCCUUCGGCUAGAGUGGGCAGCUGGGACAGGCAGCUGUGUAUUGCUGCCCCGAGAUGCCAGGCAUUGCCGUGCCUUCCUUGAGGAGCUCACUGGUGUCUUGCAGUCUUUGCCUCGCACCCAGAGGAACUGCGUCAGUGCCACAGAGGAGGAGGUGACCCCGCAGCACCGGCUCUGGCCAUUGCUGGGACAAGAUACUUCCGCAGAGGCUCCCCAGUUUUUCUACCUUCGGGCCUUCCUGGCUGAAGGCUCCUCUACCUGCCCUGUGUCCCUGUUGCUGACACUGUCCACACUAUACCUAUUAGAUGAAGACCUUGCAUGGUCCCAGGCGGAAUCCCCCCUUCCAGUGGUGUCUGGGGAAGCCUCUGAGCAGGCCCCUCCUCUGGAGCCAGGCCCUUCGAUGCAGGUCAGGGAGCAGCAGCCGCUCAGCAGUCUGAGCUCUGUGCAGCUGUAUCGCACAAGCCCUUUGGACUUGCGGCUGAUCUUCUAUGACGAGGUGUCUCGACUGGAGAGUUUCUGGGCACUCCGUGUUGUGUGUGGAGAGCAGCUGACAGCCCUCUUGGCCUGGAUCCGGGAGCCCUGGGAAGAGUUGUUCUCCAUUGGGCUCCGGACUGUGACCCAGGAGGCUCUGGACCUUGACCGAUGAGACGUCUACAGUGAGCUGGGACUGACGUAGGAGGUGCACUGCAGAAGCCCCUUCUCCUGAUCUCUGGGUCUGUCUUCUUGCCUGUCUGCAGACCUCUCCAGUGGUCGGCCACUGGGUCGUGAGGCCCCAGAUGACCCACAGCUUAAGAAUAAGGACAAGAGAAAUGAUCUGGCCCUCGGGUGGUCUGCCUAGUAGAGCAGGCUCAGUGGUCAGUGAAAACAUUUCUCCAGCACUUUCUCUCAGGUAUCAGUAAAGUUGUUUCCAGGCCAGGUGUCAUGGGUGGUGCAUAGAAAUGUCUCCUGUAACCUGCCACCCCCUAGUCUCUUCCUGGAAGCGACCUUGUUUGCACUAUGAAACCUGUCUCCAGUCCUGCUCUGGCAAAGUAGGACUGCAGACCCGGAUGUGCCCAGUCCUCAAGCAGGUUGUGACCCGUCAUAUGGCCUUGCAUGGGAUCACUGCCAGUUACAGAGUGGGGCCUCUUAAGACUUUUGUUGUUCUUUUUGAGACAAAGUCUCGCUGUGUAACCUUGGCUGGCCUGGAACUUGCUUUGUAGCCCAGGCUGGCCUGGACUCAGAAUCUGCCUGCCUCUGCCUUCCAAGUGCUGGGAUUAAUGGUGUGAGCCGCCAGUUGUGGGAAAAUUGUGAACUUCCCUGCUCCCCAGAGUUUACAUUUUAAAUAAAGACCUGCCAUAAGAAGA